GCUCGCUCGCCGCUUUUUCUUCAAUCUAUUGCCGGAAAGAGGAGAAGAGGAAACGGAAAGGGAAGCGGAAAAGGAGAAUGGCGGAUGUGGUGCAGUACAAGUUGGAGCGGAUGCUCCCGGAGCUGGACGACUUGGAACGGCGCGGCUUGUUCAGCAAAUUCGAGAUAGGGGAGAUUGUCAAGCAGCGCCGGAGGUUCGAGUACCGGCUGAAGAGGCACAGCCCGCUGAAAUCGGAUUUCAUAGCGUAUAUCGAUUACGAGAAGCAGCUCGACGCUCUCCGCCUCCUGCGGAAGAAAGCUCUGGUGAAGGAGGACGGCCACGCAAAAUCGAAGAAAUCGGUCUCGGAUUUCUCCGGCGUUGCGAGGAUUGUGGAGAUUUAUCGCCUCGCUACGAAUCGGUUUAAGGGCGACAUUGAGCUCUGGUUUCAGUAUUUGGAGUUCUGCAGAGAGCGAAGAAAUGGUAGAAUGAAGAAGGCUCUAGUUGAUGCAAUUAGGAUGCACCCAACAGUGCCUGGGCUUUGGAUUUACGCUGCAUCUUGGGAAUUUGACCAAAACUUAAAUGUUGCAGCUGCUCGUGCCUUGAUGCAACGUGGUUUUAGAGCAUGCCCAAGUUCUGAGGAUCUAUGGAUAGAAUAUCUUCGCAUGGAGCUCACCUACCUUAAUAAAUUAAAGGCUAGAAAAGUAGCUCUAGGAGAAGAUGUAGGCACGCUGACAAACAAUCAGAAAAAUCCAAAAGAGAAGCAGUGGAGAGAUGAGAACAAAGAAUUAUUUAUGUCCCUUGAUGAUGAGAUUAAGGAUGACAAAGCAUCAAAUCCUCAAGAUGCAGAACAAAAGGACAAAGUUGAUUUAUUUAAAGAGCAUGGUUUAAGCAUUUUUCAAACUGUAUACAAUAGUGCUAUUGAAGCCAUCCCUUCUAGUUUCAGCUUAAGAACACGGUUUCUUGAGAUACUAGACGCAACAAAUCUAGCUCAUUCAGAAGAUAUGCAAAAACAGAUACUUGAUGAUUUGAAAAAGGACUUCUGUAAAGAACCAAAAUAUUGGGACUGGCUGGCAAGACUGGAAAUGUUUGGCCUUAAAAACGUGGAGAAUGCUUCAGAAGGAAUGAUCACUGAUCGUUUAAGUGAAGCAAUUCAGGUAUAUGAGGAGGGUUUAAAAGUUGUGCCUUCAGCCACGAUGUUUGAACUUUAUGUGAAGUUCUUGACUGAUGCCAUCCCUUGUGGAAAUGGAGAUGGUAAAUCUUCUGAUAACUCAAGCGAUCAUGUUGUUGAUCCCAUUGCACAGCUGUUGAUGGUAUAUGAGAAGGCUGAAAGCAUGGGGUGCAUCACUGAAGCUCUUGCUUGUCAACAUGUUUCUUUCCUUUUGCAACUGGGAAAGCAAGUUGAAGCCAAGACACUGGUAGAAAAGUUUUGUACAGGAAAAUUUUCUGAAGCAGUGCAUUUAUGGGCAUUACGGCUCUCCAUAGAAACGAUGUGCACUGAAAAAGGGUUCUCUUCAAACAAGGCUGCUCAGUUAUCAUUGUUUGAACUCCUUAGGAAUGUUCUAAUGAAGGUUUCUAUAUCAAAAGCAGAAAGCUUGUGGCUUAUGGCGCUCAAGGUUUUUUCAAGUCAUAAACAGAUUUUUGACAAACUGAUAGAUACUGCGGUGGCUUUAUUGGCUAAAGAUGGUGGAAGUGAUGGUGGAUUUUCGCUCUCUUCUGCCAUUGUAAAUUAUGUUCUACAGAAGGAUGGACUUCGCAGUGCAAGAGAGAUGUACAGGAGAUUUAUCGCACUACCACACCCAGGACUGUCAAUAUAUAAGAAUUGCAUUGAAUUGGAAUUGAGCAUUGUGUCCACUGGUGAUGAGGGUUCUCUUGCAAAUGCCCGCUUACUAUACGAUGCUAUGCUGACAACAUAUGACCAAGACGCAAACUUGUGGCGAGACUACUACUCUAUGGAGGUUAAGUUUGGAACAUUGGAAAAAGCAGCAGCAGUCGAAUGGCGUGCACGAAAAACACUCAACAAAGGCUUCCCACUACUCUCAACGGUUUAGAGUUCAGGCUUAAAUUUGUGUAUGCUAACCACAGAAAUUUUGUUCUUUUCCCCUGUUGUUGUUUUGAACAACUACCGAGUUCGGUAAAGGAUUUCUGGCCUUGUUGGGCAUUUUCUAAGUUUGAAUCCCCUCACCGCAAAACCGCCCAUUAUGGAUCCAUUAUGGAGAUUGGUAGAGGAGGUAAAUUGCGGGGAAUGUCUCAACUAGCCAACAAUCUUGUACACUAAUGCCCACAAUGUCUUGUUAGCAAGGCAAAAUUUAUAAAUUUAUUAAAUUUAUUUUGA